CCGCGUUGCUAGGGGGUGUGUCCAGACCUGCGCGUGCCUCUCGCGAGAUCAGUUUGACCGUUGUCUGGAGACUGUGGCGCCGGUGGCAGCCGUCAUGGCACCCAAAAAGAAUGUUGGAAAAAAAGGGAAUGUGAGCAAAAGUCCAGCAGUGGUUGAUGCCUUGUUCCCAACAAGCAUGAGCAAGGAGGAGCUGGAGAAGCACAUUGUGCAUCUCCGGGAGGAGCUGGACUGGGAACAGGAAGAGCACAACUAUUUCCAGCUGGAGCACGACAUGAUGCACACCCUCUGGGAGAUCACCUGCUGGCAGCUGGAGGAGAAGAGAGCGGAGCUAUGCAACAAGGACUGGGAGGUGGAGGAGCAGCAUCAAGUGGAGAUCAAGGUUUACAAGCAGAAGGUGAAGCACCUGCUGUACAAACACCAGGAAAACCUCACUGAGCUGACGGCAGAGAGCAUCCUGUAUAUGAAGCUGGCCCAGGGGAUGGAGCUGCAGAAAGACAAGUUCUCCUUGAAAGUGAAGCUUGUGAGAAAUGGCUUCUAAGUUCAGGCAGGCCUCGGUUAGACACAGCAGUGAAGCAGCUAUUUAUUAACGUUUGUGAAAAAACAGGUGUCCUAGCAAAUAGGCACACCCAGCAAAAGCAGAACUUUGAUUUACAUUUCUCAUCCCAUCUGCAGGUUCCCUCCCUUAUUUCCCCAUUAGUUGUGUACGCUAAGGUUUACAGCCUAUCUGACAUGUGUCAUCUACGUGCUAACUGUCCCACCUCUGGUUACUGAUUCAGAGAAAACUCCAGGAACAAACUCGCCAACAGAGUUUCAAGCUG